AUGGUGUUGCCCUCACUAUCACAUCCAAGCCUUCGAAUAGUCCAGGCAGAUGGACCUACUCCUUCGUUUAAUGUAAAGUCAACUAUUGUUCCAUGUAAGGGCACCGACUAUGUGUUUCUAUAUGGAGGUUUCGAUGAGCUGGAUGCGUUGGACAGCAACGUAUAUUUACUAAACCUCAAGACCAUGACGUGGGAGAUCGAUGAUAAGGUAGAAGGGUUAUACCGAGAGGGCCACCUGGCAAUAUAUAUCGGCAAUGGGAACAUCCUCAUCUUCGGUGGAUUGCCUUAUGAUGACGAGAUACCCACUACUGACACCAGAACAAGAGGCGCUCGAGCAAGAGGAGAGAUAUCCGAGAGUGCAUCAUUCAGAAAAGACAAUCUCAUGAUGAUCUAUAAUAUCUUUGACCGGAAAUGGAUUGGUCCUCCUGACUUUGCUCUUGAGAAUGCCCCUAGCUAUCGAUCAAGACAUGCAUGUUGUCUAUCAGCUGAUGGAUCAAAAUUAUAUAUUAGUGGUGGCCUAGUAAGAUCAGUUCCAUUGGACGACUUGUAUUGCUACGAUUUGAUUCUGGGCGUGUGGUCGGGGCCCAUCCAGUUUGUAUCUCGAUUUGAUCAUACCAUGAUGAUAUAUCAAGAUCGAAUUUUCUUAUUUGGGGGUUUAGAUAAGGAUAUGAAUAAUGUUAGAACAAUCACAUAUUAUUCUUUCAAGACUAGAACCAUAGGCGAAAUCAACAUUCUACAAAGAUUGGACUAUUUCCCAUUUGAUACGGGCGGAAACGAGAUUGAUUGUGAUAGAAUAUACCUCGAUUCAGGAAUAAAUCCAGCAUUAAGCUUGUUGGUAUGUUUACCCACAUGGGAUAACAAUGUUGGCGAUAUCAAUAUAUCUUAUUUUGAUCUUGAUGAUUUUGAAUCGCAGAAUUUAUUCAAUACCAACAAUUUGAUUGCAUAUUUUAAUAGAUUAGGAGAAACCCAUGAUAUUACCGAUUUCUUAUGGAAAACUGCGUGCAUUAACAGCGAAGGGAAGUUAUACCUCUUGGGAAAUAAACGAGAACACGAGAAACACCCCAGUAAUAUCACCAGUGACUUAACUCAUGACACUAUGGAGGAAUCAGAAGAUGAAGAAACUGGCGAGGUUGACGUUGACGACGAAUACGAUGAAAGUCGUCUUAACAAGUUACGAUGCAUCUUGGAAAUCAAUCUUUGCGAUUUCGGAAUACCUUCCUAUGAAUCAGUCAUGGCCAGAAAGCUUAGUCUUGGCAAUGGCGGCCUUGCCAAUUCCUUUCAUAAUUUAUUAGUUCAACAAGCAUACACUGACUUUGAAAUCAUUGCCCUUGCCCAUGAAGGCGAUCGAGGAAAGUAUCAAAAUGGUGCCAUGUCAAGCAUGAGUUCUAAGGACACCACCAGCUUCAAAGCCAUUCAAGUUCAUAAGUCUAUAUUACUUGCUCGCUGGCCUCAUUUUGUAAGACUAAUGUCUGUGGGGAUGACCGAAACCAUCGAGAACAAAAUGUUUAUUCCAGAACCAUUCCAUUGGAUCAAGGGGUUGAUUUACUACUUGUAUGUGGGAACAAUUGAGUUUGAUGCAAAGUUCAUGGGUGCAGACGGUGAAUUCAAUAUUGUUGAUUAUUCAGGAUUAUUAACCCUAGCUAAUCUUUAUGAAUUAUCCGAGUUGCGUACACUUGUAUUGAACCGAUUAUUUAAAAUGUUUGAAAGAUUCCAAUAUUAUGAAUUCCUGGAUGGUGACCCAGUAGCAAUUGCAAUUUUGUUGAAACUAUGGAAAGAUUUAUCGUACUCGGGUGAAUCGGUAUUUAUUAUCAAAGUAAUUGAUUUGAUAAAGAAGAGCUGGACAAGUAUUACGAGGUCUACCACAUUCCUAUCCAUGUCCAAAGAGGAAAUAGUGAAAUUAUGUCAAGAUUCUACUGAUGUUCACCAUCAUCAUACUCCUCCUAACGGUAACACCAGAAAGGCAGCAAUUGCAAUGAUUCCAAGCCCUCAACAAAGUACUUAUGAGCUUGAACAAGUUGCAGUUCCUGAUACACCUACAAGAAGUACAAAUUCUCCAUUCGUACUUGAUUCGCCAGUACGCCAGCCCAGCCUUUCUAGUUUGCCUCAGUUACCUGAGUAA